UUUCAUCAGUCUAUUUUAGCCCGUCUCUUUAUACCUCCCAGGGGCUUCCCUCCAGCUCCACCCACGUGCCCAUCUAUUUGUUCCCCUCGUUUAUUUUAGAACGCCUUCCGUUUCCUAACAUGUCAUGAACAAACAAUUCUAUAAAUUAAUAAACUAAACUUUUUCUUGCUUGACAAAUUUUAGCGAUACAAUGAUAACAAAACGGGAAAUUAAAAAGUAAAAUACCACAAAAUGUUUAUCUAUCAUAGCAUAUAAAUGAAUGUGUAUAGAAAGUAUUUAAUGUGUAGGUUUCCACUCCUUUAUUUUUAUGUUUUUUUUUGCUAAGGUAGGAUAAAAGUUUGAUCAUUUAAUUCUUGAACCAUUUUUGUUGUCCAGAUGAGAAUAUUUUCAAUCCAAUCGUUUAUCAGAAGCAGACUCAUUGUCAGUCGUCUAAAUAUAGUAUCCAUUGUGUCUAUCUGGUGUCAACGGCUGUUUUGAGUUUCCUUUUUUUAUGAAGCAUGGCUAUAAGAGGCAGUGAGUGUGUGCAUGACUUCUGACAACAGUUGUGGUAGCGUGUCGUGUCUACACCCGCAGCAGCACUAGGAUAAUGGUCUUUCCUAAUCUCCUUCUAGUGUGGUCCCUCAGCCACGACCUUUAUACAUCUGGAGGAGCAUAUUGUUAUCCAAAGAACUCCUGGAGGAACCGGAACCUCUCGUCUGUUCCUCCGGAUUUGGGUGCGGACCUCAGAGAACUCGACCUGUCCAGUAACUUCAUCAGGCAGCUGCACGCUCUUGCUCUGCCAUACUUGGAGCAGCUGGACCUCAGCAGCAACCAGCUGGAUCUCAUCUCAGAGGAAGCUUUUGAAAACCUGGCUCGGCUCGAACACUUGAAUUUGUCCAGAAAUGAGCUAAACAUCAAUCUUGACAGUAACAGCAAAGCCCUCCAAUCCCUCGGUAGGCUCAAGAGCUUGGAUAUAUCAAUGAACGGUUUAAAUAAUCAUGUGGCAGAGCUGUACCUAAGAAACAAAUCUGCUCUUCAUCAACUUAAAAUAACUGGUAAUGCCUUAACAAGACUUUCACACAGUUUGUUCAGAGAGAGUAAAGGUUUAAAGAUAAUUACUAUCGAUAAUAACCUGAUAUCAGAGAUCGCGCCGGGAACAUUCGAGCCUCUGAGCCAGUUAGAAACGCUGAACCUGGCCAGAAACAAUCUGGAGCAUAUUUGUGGUUUCAAACUGUAUCAAGUUAAAUAUUUAAAUCUCAGCGAAAACUCACUGGAGUUCUUUGUCACAAGUGAGGAUGAUCGCUUGUACAGCCUUGAAAUUCUUGACUUGAGUUACAACAAACUCCUUUACUUUCCAAUUGUUCCAAAGUUGAACCGUCUAAAGUAUUUGCACUUACAAAAUAAUCUGCUUGGCACCCUAAAUUCUGAAGCUUCAAUGGUUUCAGAAGCCAACUCACUUUAUAGCCAGAUUGUCAGAGAAGAAAGAGUUUUGAAAAAUAGAUUACAUUCAAACUGGAGGCUAAUGCCGCUGAUCUACAUUGACCUGAGCUAUAACCACUUCAGGGCUUUCCCUCUUGAGACUCUGAGCCUCCUUUCAUCUUUAGAAACAAUGAAUUUCAGCUAUAAUUGCCUACAAAAUAUUAGCUGGAAAAUUAGACACUAUAGUCAAUCGGCAAACCCGCGCCAGCUUUUUUUCCGUUCUUUAAAGCAUCUUAGCCUGCAAAGCAAUGGACUCGUGCACAUUUCUCCUCUCUUUUUCAAAGCACUCCCGCAGAUCCAAACAUUAAACCUGGAAGACAACUUGGUGCAGCCUUGCACUGCAACAGACAAUAUGACAAGCUUUUACUCCACACAAGACGAAUCCUGUGUUGCGUUUGAGAAUUUGACGACACUCAAACACCUCAAUCUUAAAGAGAACAACAUGAAGAUGCUAAAGCCAAAGUCGUUUCGGAGAAACUCGUUGGUUUCCCUCAAUCUUGCGAAAAACCAGCACAUGGUUUUGGAUGAAGGGGCUUUGGAAGGAGCUCAAACCACCCUUCAGUCCUUGAUACUGAGCGAGAUAAACAUGAGCAGCUCCAGUCUUUCUUUGCCUUGUAUGCCAGCGUUAACCCACAUAAACAUUUCUAACAACCGUUUCAAGGAGAUACCCAUCAGUUUAGCUUGCUCUCCGCUCAAAUCAAUCGAUUUGAGCAACAAUGCCUUUUUUACGUUAAACCACUCUUUGAUUCGCAUUUUAUCCAAUAGUCUCUCUGUAAUGUUUAUUGCUGGGAAUCCAUUUAAUUGUUGUGACAGCACAUGGUUGGCGAUUUUAAAUAAGACAAUUGAACUACCAGAUUUUAAUGAGACAAAAUGCUUCACAAAUAUUAAAAACAUCAUGAUAAGAGAAUAUCUACAGAGCCCUUCACUUUAUUGUCAAGAUAAAGAGGCACAAGGGGUUCAUCUUGGACAAAUGGUGAUAAUUAUGUUAUUUAUAGCGGUAUUAUCAGCAACUCUAAUUUUUUUUAUCAAGAAGCUGUGUUGCUCUCAAAUAUUUUCUAUAGAGUGAUAUGCAAAACACCUUUGAUUAUUUUUAAAAUAUUCAUCUACAUCGUGGAGCCAGUCAACUGGAAAAAAAAUAAUAACCCAUAAAAGUGGGGCUUUACAGCUGGGAAAACAAUUCUCUCUUUGACAGAACGCAGCAAAAAUUCCAUGAUGCAUUUGACUGAUAAUUCUCAUAUUCCCACACGGUGCUCAGUUUUCUGUAAUGUCUUCACCACACAUCUUAACAAGGUUCCUCACUUAGCGUGACCUGCUCUGUCCAAGUAUUGCGACUGAAAAUGACAUAAUUUGCUCUCAAAACUGUUUGGUUACAGUGCCCGCCACAUUAGUGGUCAGAUGAUGAACUCCUGCCCAUCCUUUUGUGAAAUAUUGUUCUUUGCGGCUAAAAGUUGAACGUUGGUUGGCAUUUUUGUGACGUCUGUAAACUAUAUUACACAAUAUUUCCAGAAUUGGAGCUAAACUCAUAAACAAUGAAGAAAAUGAACAAAAAAAUACAAUUCAAGAGUUUGUGUAUAUGUCCACAUGUCUGUAAACAAAUGUUAAUUAUUGAAGUUCCCUCAUUUAUAUAGAUUGAACAGUGGUAACUAUUAUGCUGUAAAUAAUAAACAUCAACCCAAUAAAAAGAACAAGUGGGCAUCCGUUA